AAAAUUGUAUCUGAAAAGUGUAUUUAAUUUCUCGCAAGCCAAGCUGACACAUAUAUUUCUCUCGCGUUCACUGCAUUAUUUUCCCAUAAGCGUAUCUAGCUUUUUGCAUUUAGUCAGUUAGUCAGUCUAGUGUCAUGCGAGAGUAAACGAACUUAACCCACAUAGCCCCCUUCUUUUUAAACAGCCUUACUCUUUACAAAAAAUUAACACAAUUUCAUUCAUAUUGUCUGCGCUAAAAUGUUUCAUCACUUUGAUGGGUUUUUAAAUACCCAUCGGGCCUAACGGGUUAAUAAAUACAUCAUUUUGCAGCACUUGUUUCGUGUCGUGCGUGCCAUAUCAAAAAGUUAAAGGUGAGCAACGAUAGUCACACACACACACAUACACAACCCUCCAGCUGUUUCGUUAUCAUUGCAAAAAUUAAGUGAAACAAAUUCCGCACUAAACAAAUCCGACACGACACGGCACGGUCUCAUGAAGAUGGAUCAAUAACGCUAAUGCUAAAGCUAAACCAAAACUGCUAAUUGGAUUGUGCGACAGACAGUGACAGGGCAGCGCUCGGCUUGCGGGAGGCAGGAAAAAUAUCUGGUAGAUACACAAAACAAAUACACGGGUGCACCCACAACUGCGCGCCCCCGAACAAAAUGAAAGCAACAGCAACAAAGGCACGCGCGGCCCGACUUACGAGCCUCACCGAAGACCUGGCCAACAUACCCGAGGAUGCCCCGUUCCGGGCUCGCCUCCAUUAUCUGUUCUCGCAGAUUGAAAAGGAGUUCGAGCAGCUCUACCUGGAGAAUCUGAACUUGCAAGAGAAACUUGAGAACGCCACCAGCAACAAAGAAUCGCUGACCUCGCACGAGCAACGCGAACGUGAGCGCUAUGCAGCAGGCGCAGUCAUUCCCGCCCUCGCAACUGGUGGCUCUUCGGUCACCGCCGCCGGUGCCGCCGGCCCCUCGACAAGCGCGCAGGCUGAUGAGGUUGGUGCCAGCUUUCUGGCGGCUGCCUCCAGCACACACAAGAGCCUCAAGGCCAAGCUUAGCAGUGCCACUGGCGGCAGCAAGGUCAAGGCGAGCAACAAAAUAAAAGCCCAGACCAGUCGCAUUGUGUCCAGCUUCAAAGCGCAGACGGUGGUCAGCUCGGUGGUACGGGAGUUUGGUGGCCACAAGGAUGGCAUCUGGCAGGUGGCUGCCAAAACGGGUCAACCCAUCAUUGGUACGGCCUCGGCCGAUCACACAGCCUGUAUUUGGGGUAUUGAGAGCGCCCGUUGCCUGUUGCAGUAUCAGGGGCAUGCCGGGUCCGUUAACUCCAUCAAAUUCCAUCAGAAUCGAGAUCUCGUGCUGACUGGAAGCGGCGAUGGAACAGCUCACAUUUGGCAAGCGGCCGUCAAUUGGGAGGUGACCAAAAAGGGCCACUCCUCCGAGGAGGAACUCGACGAUAGCGAUGAGCAGGUGGAGGAUCGAGAUCGCGUUGACACCUUGCGCACUCCACUCUGCGAGUUUGCCGGCCCGGGUGGCCACCUUUCCGUCGUGGUGGCUGCCGACUGGCUGUCCAGCAUGGAUCAAGUCAUCACCGGCAGCUGGGACCGCACAGCCAUAUUGUGGGACGUGGAGACGAGUCAGCCACUGCAGCCGUUGACGGGACACGAUCACGAGCUAACUCACGUCUCGGCGCAUCCCACACAGCGCCUGGUGGUGACCGCCUCGCGCGAUACCACGUUCCGUUUGUGGGAUUUCCGGGAUCCCAUACCAGCAGUCUCCGUCUUCCAGGGACACACUGAGACGGUCACAUCCAGCGUGUUUGCUCGGGACGAUAAGGUGGUCUCCGGCUCCGACGAUCGCACCAUCAAGGUCUGGGAGCUGCGCAACAUGCGCUCGGCCCUGGCCACCAUUCGCACCGAUUCGUCCGUCAACCGCCUGGCGGUGUCCACCGGUGGAAUCAUUGCAAUACCCCACGACAACCGUCAGAUUCGCCUGUUCGAUUUGAAUGGGCAGCGGGUGGCCCGUUUGCCACGCACCAGCCGCCAGGGGCAUCGACGCAUGGUCUCGUCGGUGGCCUGGGCAGAGGAGCCGCUGCUCAAUUGUGACUUGUUCUCGUGCGGCUUCGAUCGGCGCGUCUUCGGCUGGUCCAUUGUGCUGCCGAAGGACAACUGAAAGUGACUCAAACACUGAGCCGCAGUCAAAACGGCCCAAAGAAGAGCAAAAAACGAUCUACAGUAACCGCUUUAAGAACCCGAAUAUCCCUCGAACAAAUCAUCCGCGCUUAGGUGUCUAGAUC